AGUAGCCAUUUUGGCUCAAGAGCUGUAGCUGUCCAGAGCGGCACCAUAAGCCAGUGCUGGUGAGGCUGCCUCCUCGGCCGCGCGCCGUUGCUUCCCCGGGAGCGCCCAUGGCGAUGCCUGAGGCGGCGAAGAAGAUCUUGCUCUGCACGCCCAAGGUGCCCGCACCUCUCGAUCCUGGCUUUGCUCCCCUGAUCCUGGCGAAGAGAAACUACCUGAAGGCCGUGGAGGGGGCGAGCGACAGCCUGGAGUGGGCGCUCCCGCGGGCCGACGGUUGCGGGCGCUACAAGCUCCCAGUGUUCGCGGAGGGGCACGAGAGCUUUGAGGCGUCCGUCUACCUGGCCGGCGUGCUCAUUCAAGAGAUGAUCUGGCAGCGCAGCGCCUCUUCGCUGGUCCUCUGCGGCCCGCCGAAGAUCUGCGCUGCCCUGAGCGCGGCCUUCGCAGUAGGUGGUGCUUACGAAUUCGAGGUGCUGUCGAUGCCGAACGUGUGUGGCACCCCAGACGCGCCCUUCGAAGUGAAGACCGUGGGGGACGCCGCCCAGCUGCCUGCGGCCAAGGACACGCCCCAGGUCUGCGGCAAGGACGCCAGCGGGUGCCGCCUCGCCUUCGACCUCGGCAAGAGCGACAUCAAGACCGUCGCGGUGAAGGACGGGGAGGUGCUCUACUCGAAGGAGACCGAGUGGGACGUGACUAACCCAGACCCCGACUACCACUACAAGGCAAUCGUCGACGCGCUCCUGCUGGCCAAGGCGGCGCUGCCGAGCGUGGACGCCGUCGGGGGCAGCGCGACGGGGACCAUAAGCGGCAAGAACGAGGCGACGUGGUGCGACAUUUUUCCCAACGUGCCCCCCGAUGUUUACAAGGCCAAGGUCGUGGACAUCUUCAUCAGGAUGGCCAAGGAAGUCGCUGGCGACGUUCCCCUGAAGGUGAUCAACGACGGAGAGGUCACGGCGCUGGCGGCCGUGCAGAAGAUCGGCAAGGGGAACAUCCUGGGCAUCUCCAUGGGCAGCAGCGAGGGCGGAGGCUACGCCAACGCGGACGGCAACCUCAUGGGCUGGAUCAACGAGCUUUGCUACAUUCGCCUCGACCUGAACCCCGAGGCGCCGACGGACCCCUGGAGCAAGGGCUCUCACCGCGGCCUCUCGCACAUGUACCUCGGACAGCGUGGGGCCACCAAGCUCGCGGCGAAGGCUGGCGUGAAGGUGCCCGAGAACUACGUGUACCCGCACCCGGAUAUGUGCACAAUCAAGCACGAGGACCACGCGCAGUGCUUGAAGCUGAUCCAAAAGGCCAUGACGGACACAGCGACGGAGCCCCAGGUGCGCUUGCUCUACGAGACGAUGGGUGUAUACCUUGGCUACGCCCUUGCGCAGUACAGCGAGUUUUACAAGAUUGACCACAUCAUGAUCCUGGGCCGCGUCAGCAAGGGUGCUGGCGGCGAUCUCAUGCUCGACGUCGCAAAGAAGGUCCUGGCGGAGGAGUUCCCCGAGUAUUCCCACAUCCAGUUCCACACCGCGGACGACCACUUCAAGGCCGUCGGGCAGUGCAUCGCGGCGGCAGCCCUACCAGAUAUCGCAGGCAAGGCCUGACAAUCGGGUGGGCUGGUGGGGUGAAUUACAUAAGCUGGACCAAUUUUGGUACACGCGCAUGACCACAUCUAUUUUUACGUUUUCGUCGUCACCGGCAGCGAUUCAAGGGAAUGCUGGUUCAGUAGUAAUUGGGUGCGAAGGCACCCCUGCAAUUUAGCGGUCCUAGUGUUGUUGGGUGUUGCGCUUCUGGCACUGUGCACAGUGCACGUUUGAGAGGCCGCACUCUAGACGCUCUCUGGGCUUCACAAAGAAGCCGCAGCGAUCAGAGAUCACGAGUCGCUUUGGUGGUUUCCGCUGUGGGGAGAUCCUCCUUGGAGAA